UUCGGGCCAUUGAAAAUUUGAACGGCCGGCUUAGGAUGAAAUACAAGCGAUAUCCACCGAGUAUUUUUACCAGACAGUGAGGGGUCUUUCUCCACGAAGUCAACUCUACAGCAGCAUCUUUCACAUGGAAAAAGAAGAACCAUGACCAUUCCGGUGAAGCGUACGCUGACCAUGGUUGGGCUGAUUGCCCUCAUGGAGCCCAUCUCUGCCACCAUGCUCUUCCCUUUCGUAUACUUUAUGGUCAAGGACUUCGACCCGAGCGACGUCGAGCACAUCGGUUUUCGCGCGGGGCUGAUUACAUCCGCAUUUUUUAUCCCAGAAAUUAUCACCACUAUUCCCUACGGGAUCAUAUCAGACCGAUAUGGUCGCAAGCCGGUACUUUUAGCAGGCCUACUAGGAAGUGCCAUUUUUCUGUGCCUCUUUGGACUCUCUCGCUCUCUUACAUGGGCGAUUGCCAGCCGUGCCAUGUGUGGCUUCUUCAACGGGAAUAAUCCAAUCACCCGAACCGUGGCGGGAGAGGUAGCUGAGCGCGCCCAUCUCGAUGAGGGGAAAGUGUUCGCCAUAUUCGGUCUCACAGCAGCCCUCGGCUAUGUGAUAGGUCCGAUGAUCGGAGGUGCUCUUGCGCAACCAGCAGAGCUAUACGGACUCCAAGGGCCCUGGAAUAUUUUCGGUACAUACCCUUACCUCUUGCCGUGCCUUGUUGGAACCCUGAUAACUCUUACUGUUACUAUAAUGAGUCUGUUUCUUCUCGAAGAAACCAAUGACCAUGUUCUUUGCAAGAACCUGGAGGGUGGAAUGGCGGUUGAAACCCAACCGUUGCUCUCCUCAUCUGCCGAGCAUGACGGAAAGAGUUCUGAAUUAUUGAGUCGCCCCAUGGUCGCCCUGAUGGUCAGUAUCUUAUUCAUGUGUCUACAUGCCAUUGCCUUCGACGAAGGUCUUCCUGUGUUUCUGGCUUCGCCAUACACUACAUCGCCGCCCGUCGGUCUUGGAUUCACUUCCGCUCAGAUUGCAAAAACAUUGUCAUGUAUGAGCCCGGUACUUCUCCUAGCCCAGUUCGUUGGGUAUCCGAUCUUGAGCCGCUACCUCUCGCCGCUGGGUCUUUGGCGGUGGUCAACGGUCACUUUCAUCUUGGUUUAUCCUCUGUUUCCCUUUUUGCCCAGACUUACAGCUCCGUCAGUGGACCGCCCGGUGCUCUGGGCGGCCUUGCUGCUCAUCCUGGCGGGCCGUUUUGUGGCCAUAGUCGUUGCGUACACUAGCAUGGCUGUCAUGCUGAACCAAAUGUCUCCCUCGGGAAAAAAGGGCACAACAAUGGGCAUGGCUCAAACUGGGAUGUCGUUUGGUCGUGCAGUUGGCCCAGCUCUCGGUGGCAUGAUCUGGUCCUGGAGUUUAGCCAGCGGCCUUCCAUUCCCUUUCGAUUCUCAUGCCUUGUUCUAUUUCUUGGCCGUACUAGGAUGCUUACAGGGAAUCGCAUCUUUAUGGAUCACCAAUGUAGCAUCUGUUGGUGCGUCAAGUUCAGACUAACAAGGGUGAUUUUGAAGAUAAAUUGUCAUACAGCUUCUGGAACAUGGUAAAAUUAUAUGUUCAGGGCCUAUACUUAGAGUGGG